GGAGGAAGUGCGCGGGGGAAGAUAGAGCAGCAAACGUUCAGACAACAGCAAAAAACCUCCAAGAAAGCAGUUAAAGUUUGUUUUUGAACGCGAAGUUUGAAGGGAGUAGUGGGACAAGGAGAAGGAGGAGGAGGAGGAGUAACAGCGACGCUUCAUCUUUGGACCAAACGGGGAAGAAGUUGGAUAAGAAGGAGUAGAGCAUUCCAGCGCGCUACAAUGAACGGCUGAGGACUUUGCUUCCAUCUACUUCAUUCAACUCUUACGAAACGGAGCCACAAACAUAAAGGCCUGACCCAGACUCGAGAUGGACGAGGGAUAUGAACUUGACCUGACGUACAUCACGGAGAGGAUCAUCGCGGUGUCCUUCCCCCGAGGCUGCUCCGAGGAAAUCUACGCCCACAACCUCAAAGAUGUCACGCGGAUGCUCAAGUCCAAACACGCCGACAAUUAUCUGAUUAUCAACUUAUCGGAGAGAAGGAGCGAUCUGUCCAGAAUGAACCCCAAGACCCUGGACACUGGUUGGCCUGAUCAACACGCUCCACCUCUGGACAAGAUCUGCACCAUCUGCAAAGCCAUGGAGAGCUGGCUGAACGCCGACCCGCUGCACGUGGUCGUGAUCCACUGUCGGGGUGGAAAGGGCCGCAUCGGUGUAGUCAUAUCAUCGUUUGUCCACUUCACGGAUGUGUCAGCCAGUGCUGACCAGGCGUUGGAUCGCUUCGCCAUGAGGAAAUACUACGAUGAUAAGGUCUCGGCGCUGAUGACACCCUCGCAGAAGCGAUACGUCUGGAUCCUCAACAGCCUCUUGAGCGGCUCGAUGAAGAUAAACGCCUCUCCGCUCUUCUUACAUUGCAUCAUCCUUCACGGAAUCCCAAACUUCAACUCUGCUGGAGUGUGUCGGCCGUAUAUAAAGGUGUACCAGGGAAUGCAGGCCGUGUAUUCAUCUGCGAUCUAUCACAUCGGCUCAAGCCACAGAGACAGAGUUUGCAUCCCCCUAGAACCGGCCCAGCUCCUAAAAGGCGAUAUUAUGAUCAAGUGCUACCACAAAAGUGAAAUUCCGUCUGAACGCGAGGUCAUAUUCCGGCUCCAGUUCCACACAGGAGCAGUUCAGGGCUACAAUCUGAUGUUCGAAAAAGAGGAUAUGGAGAAUGCUAAUAAAGAUCCCAGAUUUCCAGACUACGGUAAAGUGGAGCUGGUUUUCUCCGAGGGACCAGAGAGAAUCCCAGGUGCAGACAGGUGGCAGAACGGAGCAGACGUGAUCGUCGACUACAACACCACAGAUCCUCUGACGCGCUGGGACUCGUACCAAAACAUCUGUGACAUGGAAGCCCCUCCUCGCGCUCCGGCUCUAAACCAGGACAAGGCGCAAGACAAGAACAAGAGGCGAGACCCCGGCGGAGGCGAGCCGUCGCUGGGUCGCGGGGCACGCACCACCUCCGCCACCUCCAGCCCGGACCACAGCGACCACGCCUUGUCCGUCAGCAGUGAUUCCGGUCUGUCCAGUACGUCUCUGUGGGCCGACAAACCGACCACCGUCUCAUCCGGCACCGUCCGACCGAACCAGGGCCCCAGCCAGCAGGAGAAAGUCCAGCUAAAGCGUCUUCUCAGCGGGUUCGGGCUUGAAGACCCUUCCCUGGAUGAAAUGGAUGAUCCGGGUAGCGUGGUGCAGCAGGUCGUUCCGGCGCAGGUCCAUAUGAACGGAAACCCUCGUCCUAGAGAAAGAGAGACGGAUAUUUUGGACGAUGAGGUUAUUACCGGGCACGACUUCCAUAGCGUGGACAGCUUGGGGACGUUGUCAUCUUCGUGUCAUAAAAGCAGCCAGAAUUCCUUGUUAUCUGACGGGUUUGGAAGUCCGGGAGCAGAGGACCACGUUAACCAAACCCCAAAUCACAUCCAUAACCCAACGAUUGAGGAGUUUGACAGGGGUUACGGUGAUAAUCGUAGGCCGUGCAUGGCUUCUAGAAGUAACUCGGUAGCCUCUUCAAACCCGAGUACCGCCGUGCCCAAACAGCACGUCUACAGACAGGGAAGCUACUCCACACAAUCCUGGGUACGCCAACAGCAAAUGGUCGCCGCGCAGAAAAUCGCGUACAUUCCCAAAGAUUCCAACGAGAGAUUUUCGAGCAACAAGCAGCAAGGAUCAACCAACGAACCCCCAACUAGAGACUUAACUGAUCCCGUGAGGAUUACCCCGAAAGAAACCGCAACGCUGAACAACAACAACAACAACAAACGCGACGAGGAGUUCAAAACGCUAACUAUGGACAUCGACAACUCCAUCGAUCAGCUGAACCAACUCAUAAUGGACUUGGACCCGACGUUUGUCCCGGUGAAGAGCCAGAGCAGCACGCUAAAGAGAAGUGAGAGCUCGCACGUAAACGGAUCUGGCAAAUACACCAAUGGCAAUCGAUUUGGCGAUAGCAAUGAAGCUACGCUAAAAAGCACACAGCAGACAGCUGUUCAGGGUGAGAGCCGUGUGGGCGUGUCACGGAGCCUGAGUCGCCAGGGCAACGACGUCACAGAUCACCCGGGAUUCUGCCCCUCUGGGUGGGCCGAGGACUACAGGACCCAGCGGACCUACUCCCCUUGUGCACCGCAGACUCAGGGUUUGUUGUACAGGAGCGACAGUGCGGAUUACAGGUCACAGGGUCCAGACGUGGACAGUGGGGUCGAAGCGGGAAGUGACAUGACUCCUCCCACUCCGGCGUUCCCCAUCUCCCCGCCCACACCUUAUGUGAAAAACAUGUCUGAAUUUAAUCUAAGACAAACUCCAUCUUUCAACACGCAUUCCUUUGGCUACAAAAGUGAACACGAGCCUCGGGGAUACUCUGAGGUCGACUCUUUGGCAGAGCCGUCCCUCAGCUGUCACAGGACGCUCACACACUCCACAUCUGUCGUCGGGGCACUUCAGAGGACAGACAGCUCCUCCAUCAGUCCCCCCUGGCCCGAACACCCCGCCCUGACCCGCCACGCCUCCCUGAACAACAGCUACGCCCCCUCCUCCUCCGCCCGUGACCCCCCGCUCCCCCACCAUCACGGGGGCGUCUCCCUGGACUACAACCACCACCACUCCCCUCCCCUCCUCCACCACCACCACCACCCCCACAUCCACCCGGCCCCCAACGGCCACAGCUCCCCGCGCAGCAGCCAGCGCAGUCGCAUGGCCCACUUCGCCCUCAGCCGCUGUCCCGCUCAGAACUUCGAAGAACAAGACGAUUCCGGACUAAGCUACGGCACGGACUCACCUCUCACGGCGAACGCGGGCAGAGACAGGACCCUGCUCACCGUCAUGGAGGGGCACCACCAGCCUCCGCUCCUGCCCGAGAAGAAGAGGGCGUCGGACGGGGAGCACUCCCUGGGAACGGCCUCUCCGGCGCUGAGCGGGUUUUCCAGUCCUCACAGCGGGAGUUCACUCAGUAUUCCCUUUCCCAAUGUUCUACCAGAUCUGUCCAUGCAGAUGUCUGGGAACGCAUCGCCACUGCCGGAUGUGUUGGCGAGCAAGCAGGUUACGGUCAAAUUUGUCCAGGACACAUCCAAAUUCUGGUACAAGCCUGACAUAUCCAGAGAUCAAGCCAUUUCGGUUCUAAAGGAUAAAGAGCCUGGUUCUUUCAUCGUGCGGGACAGUCACUCGUUCAAAGGAGCGUACGGACUGGCCAUGAAAGUAGCGACGCCUCCACCCACUGUCCUCCAGCAGAGCAAAAAAGGAGGUGAUCUGUCGAAUGAGCUGGUGCGACACUUCCUGAUCGAGUGCACACAGAAGGGAGUGCGAUUAAAGGGCUGCCCCAACGAGCCGUACUUUGGAAGCUUAACUGCAUUAGUGUGCCAGCAUUCAAUCACUCCUCUCGCUCUGCCCUGCAAACUCAUCAUACCAGACAGAGAUCCAUUAGAAGAUAUAGUCGAAAGCAGCUCUCCAUCGAUCUCCAACUCGGCUGCUGAGCUCUUAAAACAAGGCGCAGCGUGUAACGUGUGGUACCUGGGCUCGGUGGAGAUGGAGUCGCUGACGGGCACUCAGGCCGUGCAGAAGGCCACCUCCAUGACUCUGCACGCCAACCCCCCCGUCACCUCCACCGUCGUCCAUUUCAAAGUGUCGUCCCAGGGAAUCACACUCACCGACAACCAGAGGAAGCUGUUUUUCCGGAGACACUACAACGUAAACACCGUCAUAUUCUGCGCGUUGGAUCCUCAAGACAGGAAGUGGAAGGUCGACGGCUACCCUUCUGCAAAAAUCUUCGGCUUUGUGGCCAGAAAAACAGGCACUUCUACCGACAAUAUCUGUCAUCUGUUUGCGGAGCACGACCCCGAGCAGCCCGCCAGCGCUAUUGUUAACUUCGUUUCCAAGGUGAUGAUUGGGUCGAACAAGAGUAAGUAAAACGGAGGACGAAACCGAACUCCCAAAAGAGACUCGUGGGGCCAAAAUCCAGGGCUGAAGAUACAGAAAUACUUUGUUUUAUAUUGUUGAAAAUGUUACAGAUUUAAAGUUGUGUUCUGUAAUGUUGCGUUGCCAAGAAACUAACUGGUUUGUACAUAUUUUUUUCAAUAUAUUCUAAUUUUAGUCACUAGAAACGUUCAUUUUUGCAUGUUUAUUUUUUCAUUUUAUUAUUUAAUCGAAGACGUUUUAACUAUAAUGUUUUGGCGAUGCUGUUCGUAGGUUGUAAUCUUCACCGUCGACCGUUAAUUUUAACCCGCAGAUACGUUAAAUGCCAUACUGUGGGACAUUCCAGGCAACAGAAACUACUAUGCAAUGUAAAUUUGAACCAUCGUGUCCUGAUUUAUUUACUUCUUUUUUUUCCAUCUCAGUCAUUAACACGUUUGUUUGUGAAUAUGACCACUUUUAUAGCGGCCAGUAAUGUGUUUUUAAUGAAUGUGCUUCGUAUUAAAAAAAAGUAUUUAAAGUUAAACCCUAAUAUAUUGACUUCUAACUGGUCAAAGGUCACAUUUUCUCACACGUUCAUCUGUGGGAGCUAGAAUCGCACCGUCAACCUGUGGGACAGUGGAUUCGACCGCUCAACCAAUGAUUUUUUUUUUUUUGUUUAUGUCGAGAGCGGGAUUUGAACCGGUAACCUCCAGAUCUCCGUGCUGGACUGUACGUGAUCAUGGCCGUGUGUGUUUGUUUGUUUUUUGGGCAGCCAUAGGGACAAAGCUAUUUGAAUGUUCGUACCUCACACGUUCCGUCUUCAGCGAUAUCGUGCCUCUGUUAAUAACUUGUGAUAACAUUUGUACAUUGACUAAGAAAUGUUUGAUCCUAUAUAAUGUAAAUAAACUGGAAACAAUACGGC